AUGAGAAGAAUCAACCGUCGGUUGGUUUUGUUAUCGAUCGUAUUCGUGUGUGACGUAGUUAAUGUUUUCGGGAGACCGCAAGAGCCAAGCACAGUUAGCAGCACAUUAAAAGAUGAUCUUGUUAACAGGUAUACAGCUUUUACUACGGCCACUCCGAGGUCUUUGGAAUUUGUGGAAAGCUACUUGAGCACGUCUAAAAACCAAUACGCAUCGAAUGCCAUAAACAAAAAAGAAGACACCCGUUACGCUGAACCCGAUCCGUCAUUAAGACCUUUUUUCCAAUUCCUUUUAAAUUCAACUAAAAGAAAAAAACGAAAUUUAACUAAAUCAUCAGAUAGUCGGCUAGUAGAAAACUUUAUCAAUUACUCUAUUAAUAACCUCCGAAACCCAGUCCGUGCUGAAUCAUUAGAUUCAAUUAUUCUCAUGCAUAAUGUUGGGGAACACUCUUCAUAUAAGUAUGAACCCGAAACUCAAUAUUUGCCUGUACAAAUUUAUUCGAAAAUUCCAAAACCAAAACCUAUAAGGUAUGAUUUAUCUUCUUCUGACUCUAUAUCUGGAUCUAUAUAUCAAACUUCUACCCAAGACCCGUAUAAAAAUUGGCAAGAAACGCCCCUGAUUUUUCCCAAUAGCAAUGGAAAACCAUCCACUGCUCGUCCACCUUAUAUCUCAUCCAACUAUUAUCAACCCAAUUACAAUAUCCCAGUUAUUAUUAACGACCAAUCACCAACAUUUAUAACUCCUAUUGAACUACAAGCCCCUACAUUUAUAACGCCAAUAGAAUACCAAGGUCCAACUUUCGUAACGCCUAUAUCUGUCACUCAAGCACCAUUAACUGAUGGGAACCCGCCACCAACAAUAGUUAUAUUGGAAGAUAUAGAUACGGCAGUAGAACCUCCAUUAAGUGAUCCCAUAGUGGAACAAGAUCCGGUGGGUGCGGGGGGUUCUGGUGUGGCUAGUGCAGCAGCGGUUGGUGGAGCAGCUGGAAUCAUAGGUGCUGCAAUAGGGGCAGGAGCCGGGGUAGCUGGAAUUUCUGGAGGGGCAGCAGCUGCUGCAGUAGCUGGUGUAACUGCAGGAAAUGGAGGUGGAGGGGGUGGAGGUGGUGGUGUGGGAACACUAACACCAGCGGACGUAGCGCAGUGCCGGGCUAGUGGAAGUGCUUCAAAAGUGUGUUCUGAGUUAAUAACGACUUCAACUUCUCCAACUAGUUCUGGUUUUAUACAAUUUUUAGAUGAUUUAAUAUACUUGUUCACUUCGUUUAAUUUUAUUGGGCCAUUGAUGAUAACUUUUUGGUCGAUUAUUUUUCCACCUAUGUCUAUUAUUCUGACCAGUGGUCUAGGUGUUAUAUCAUUUUUGUUUCCUUGGAUAUUGCCAAGGAUAUGGAAAGAUGCUGUGGCGACGCCAAUCGUUGUGUUUGCAGAGACAGCUAUCAAUGCAGGGGAUGCCCGGGCCCAUACUACUAAGCCACCGCUGAUGGAUGAUUCUGUGAAGUCAGUUAGUGAUCAACUUCUUCAAACAUCGACAUCUACAAAUAUGGUUGUAUCAUCAGAAGUUAGAACAGUUCAAAAAAAUGAAUCACCUUUAAAAGGAGAAGCGGUGCCUGUGCUAACUGAUGAAGAUGUGCACGCUGUAGGCCCAUACAGUUACAAAAUAUCAUCGGAUGGAUCCACAAGACCAACAGGAGAUUUGUCAACUUGGAUUCUAUUGGGUGGUGAAUCUUCACCAGCACCAUUAAAUAUGGCCACAAUUAAAAAGGUACCUAAACCAGCUGAUGCAACUACAUCUUCACUUUUACAGUCGUAUGAAACAAGCACUACAAGAAAAAGGAAACCUACAACUGAAAAAAUGACUACAGCUCAUUCGACUACAGUCACCGAAUCCCCGAUCAAGUUACAGGAUUCCAAAUUUAAAAAUAAAACGCCAGUCAUUGUUGGAAAAAUACCUACUACAACUACAGUUAAAGAUAAAGUUGAAGAAGUGACCAGUCCUCUUCCUGAAUUACCCCCCCUGGACAAUAAUACGAGAUUUGGAACUCCUGUUGUCACAUUUCCUCAUGUACCACCUAGGCAGAGACCCUCAGCAAAUAAUACAAAAAAAACAGAAAAACCUUUGACAACAAAAAUAACUUCUACAGCCGUUGUUAUUUCCAAGCCUUUAAAUAACACAAUGGCAGUGUCUUCUACUACUGCCCCCACGGUCACUAUUACUACAUCAUCUUCUUCCACAACAGUUUCAAAUCUAAAUGUAACUGAAAUUGCAGAUAAAUUCACAGAAUCGAGUAAUUCUACUACACAAAAUACUUCAUUAAAAAAGAAAAAAAAGAAGAAGAACAAGAAUAAGCGUAAGCCAGUUAAAGUUUCUAAUGAAGAUGCUCAAAGUAAAAUCGAUGAACAGAGUACUAAAAUAACUCCAGGUCGACCAUUAUCAACUCGAAUUUAUAAUUAUUUGGCUCGCGAAGUUAUGCCUAAUGUGGGAGUAGGUUUAGUUGGUUUGAUGUUGACUGCUGGUUUAGCAGGGUUACUGUUAUAUUCGCCAUUAGGAGGAGCUGCUAUACCUUUGGUACCAUUAAGACGCACUGAUUCUCACGUACAUGGUCAUAGUCAUGGACAUGGUCCUGGUUAUGUUCCUCCUGAAACUGACAACUCACAGCCAGAAGAACAAGUGUUCGGUCAAGUGCUGUCUGGAAUGUCUUAUGGUCAUAAUCCGUAUGGUAGAGAACGUCCUGACGCAGUUCCUAAGUACAAGUCAUCUUAUCAACCAUCUGAAUACCCUGCCGUUCAUGAUGUACCGAAAUAUAAUUCCCAUGACACCAAUAAAUAUUCUGCACAUGAUGUAACUAAAUAUGUUGCAGCAGCCGAUACAACUAAAUAUUCUACACACGACGGAACCAAAUACGCGGUUGUGGAAAGUACUAAAUAUUCAGCCCCCGACACUAAUAAAUAUUCGGCUCUAGAUACAUCGAAGUAUUCGACAAUUGACGUAGGUGCUACUCAAGAUAAGGUACCAUAUACUCCUUUAGAUGCAUCCGAAGGACCAGCAUUUGAACAAACACAAGACAGCCAAGAUGAUACUUACCAAAAUCACCAUUAUGAUGAACUCAAGUUUGAUUCGUCCAACGCUUACGAUCAACCUAAGUAUCAGAGUACUUCACAGGUGAAAGGAGUGUAUAAAGAAGAUCAACCUUCUUUUGAAGUACCAAAGUAUCCAGGAUAUGUUCAAGAUGUACCUAAAGAAGAAGCUGUAGCUGUGAAUUAUAAUUUUGAUAAUCACCGAACAGAUGAAAAAGAAAGUUCUACUGCGGCAUCAUCAGAUCCAACGUUUUCUGCAUUACAGGGAAUUCCAAAAUUUUAUGAACAAAGUGUAAACCCUGAACAAAUAUCUGUUAAUGUACACCAAACUAUGAAGAUGGAACAUGGACCUCGAAGUUUAAGAAUAAGGCGUCAAGUAGACGAACAUAACGAAAUUGAUGCCCAAUUACCAGAUGAAACUACAGUAAAGCCUACCGAAAAAACUGUCGAUAAGAGUAUGGAAAAUCAAACAACUGGUGAUAUCACUUCUUCUACAACCACAUCUACGUCAACAGUCUCAACCAAAAUACCUGACUCAUCAGAAUCACCUACUGUGAAUAACAACCAAUUUUCAUUAAUAGAUCUUUUAAGAAGAGUAGCUGAAGUCAAAUUGAAAAUGGGAAUUGAAAUCCUAAAAAACACAGCAGCUAGUUUCACACAAUAUGUAAAUGCUAUUCAAAGAAAAAUGACACACAUGGUUAGGAAUCUACAAAAGUCCAACGACAGACAACAGUCAGAGGACAAACAGGAAAAAAAUGUCAAAUCAGAUUCAAAUGUAUCCGAUGAUAAACGACAACGAAGAUCAAUUAGACAUAGGAUUUAUUCAAAUUAA